GGCGGCACAAGCACUACUGGGACAGGAGCAGCGGGGGCAUCGUCACAAGUUCUAAAAACCUCCGACGGGCAGUUCCUUUUGAAUCCAACAACCGGUUCGUUCACCCUCGCCCCAACAGACACAACAACAACUGCUGGAGCCACGACCACAAGGAUUGCGAAAACCGGCCGGGAAAAAGCAGUGGAAUUUCUCAUGCAGAAAUGCUACCCAAAUGACGCAACUUUAACCGCAAAUGAUGAGUACAACGUGAUCCUCGACCAAGCACAGACCCUAGGCGCGAACUACUACGCGCCACCUUUAGUUUCGGAGAGAACGACGUUUCAGCUCUUUGUCCACCCGUUUGCGCCGCGGUUGGAGCACCGCAACAGCUUUCCGUUGUUUCCCAGUAGGAGAGUGUCGUCGGCUCCUGCGGGGAGUGGUGGUGGAGGUACGGUUGCCGGUCCUGUGCAGGAGCAAUUCCCGAUCGAGCUCCCACGCACGUUUCAAUGGGUGAAAAAUGAACGUUUUGGAAUUUUCGAGUGGCAAUUAUUGCCGGAUACCGAGAAUUACACGACAAAGUUCACGGUUUUGGGCAUGAUUGUGCAGCACGGGGUGACAACAACAACGUCCGCUGAGGAAAACACAAACAGUCAAAACACGUUCCAUUUACCAAAAACUUUAAUCCAACCGCUCUCCUUCACUUUCGCCGACUCGUUUCCAAAAUCCAUCGCCAUGACGAUUGGGGACAGGAAUAGUUUAAAGGAAACCAUUUUCCAAAUCUUCUUCGCCAUAGAACGACCAACAAGUGAAUCACCCGGCGUGGAGAUCGACUUUCCCAUUGGGUUCGGGAUUGAGCAGGAGUGUUGGGCGUUUAAUUUGCCGGAUGAGAACGUCUAUGCAUUGCAAAAGUGUCUGGGUCGUCUGGAAGGAUGCAACUUGUAAUGCUAAUUCUGGAUCGUGCAAAAAUCUGUGUUGCAUGAAUGCCAAAAGUUGUGCACUUUUGACCAAGUUGGGAGGAGGUUUCUCAUGCAGGAUAGGCAUGAUAGGUGAGGUCUCACAGAAUCUGUCAUGCUAGGUCCUGCAUUCCAGACGACAUGGAUCAUGGAAAAUCUGCAUGACAAGUCUUGGAAUCUUCCAGACCCAGACACUUUUGCAUUUGAUAACGUCAGGGAAAAGUGGUACAAACCGUUUGACAGCAGUACAGCAACCACAUCAGCUAUCAAACAAAAAAAGUUCGUCACGAUCAACUAUGCGCAUUUCUGCAAUACAAAACUUUCUGUCAUGCGUAAAAAUGCGUCACAGCCAAACUUCAUAAUCAUAAGGGAUAUCCCUAGUGUUUCCGCAAUACAAAGAAAAGCUGUGAUGCUAAGAAAAUAGAUUUGUAAUGCAAAACCUGCAAGGUAGUGACAAACUUUUUUAUUUUUCUCUCCAUAUCAACGAGCAGCUCUAGUUCAAGCGUUUCGGUUUCCUCUACUUCCAGCAACACAGAUUCAUUCGAGUCCGAUGAAGCGGCUUUCGGGGUUGGGAAGAUUGACUCCUGUGUAUCAAAAGGAAACUCCCCCCUCCCCAUAUCGAAACGAAGUUUCUGAUGCAGGAUUUGCGUACACAAAUCAGAUUUGUCUUGCUAGAGAGGACGGCAGGCCUAUGCUGAGCCUGAGGAGGGAGCUUUUGGGCUAGGCACUGAGCAUGGCAAACGUCUAGUCUGUAGGGCCAACAGCAUCACAAACCGCCUGCAGAAUGCGGCGGAGCCGGUGGGGUUGCGUUCUUGCAAGACAGAGACGAUUUGUGGUCACAAAUCAGCAUUACAAAUUUCUUGAGACGUCGCACCUUCUCGAUAUGGGGAGGGGAAAUUUUUCCUUACGAUACUGUGCUGGUAGCUACAGUGAGGACUUGGUGAAGUUUGUCGGGAGCAACAGCGAUACUACAGGGGAGCAGCUGUCUUCCUACAGCUUCAACCGCGCGACUUUGAAACUGGCGGAGAAAUUGUCCCCGGGGAUCAUUUACGGGUUUGAGUUGGUAGUGAAACCGGUGGAGAAGGGGGAUUAUGAGAGGUUGUACGGAGGAGGUGGUGCUGGUGGUGGAGCAGCGUCAUCGUCUACGGCUAGUACUGUUUUUACGACCACUUCUGCUCCUGUAUCGUCCGCGACGGGCUCAAGUAGUACAACAACCGCCGCCAAGUGGGAAUUCAAACUCCGAACCUUAAACAAACACUCCGAGCCGAUGGACGAAACCCUCUACAACAUCCCCUGGUCGGUCGACGGGAUUUACCCGAGUCACAUUGAUCCGGCAACUAAUUCCUACACUUUAACCGACUUCUUCACCCAACCUUACCAAAUCCACGAGUUUGAGAAUGUCACUUCCUAUCCAGUGCAAAGACAUCGCACUCGUAGUAAUUGCAAUUAUGCAUUACAAAUCUCAACUCCAAGGUCAAACAGCAUAACAACUUCCAUUUGCCAUGCUGAGGUAACUUGUAAUGCAGUUACUACUAGUACGGUGCUUUUGCAAUCCAUGUCUCCCCUUCUACCACAAUCCCUGUAACGGAAAGAGAAAACAUUCCAGAAAAUUUCCUCCCGCAGAUCUAUUUCCACGACCCCAGACCCUCGUUUUUGUAUCAAAUGCAAAAUGUCUGGGUCUGGAAGAGUGGAACUUGUAAUGCUGUCUGCGGAUUCUAAAAAUAUCUGUGUUGCGUGCGCAGUAAGACGAGUCAGCUCGUCUUGGCACGCGGAGAGGGCAAUUGUCAUGCGUAAUUAGCAUCAAGAAGCUCUCGAAAAAUCUGUGAUGCUAGCACCAGCAUCACAGACCUGAUGGGUCCUGAAAAAUGUGCAUGACAAGCCCCGACUCUUCCAGACAUCCAGGGAUGUUUGCAGUGCAUAUUUUGACCAACAGCCCCACUUUGGUGGUAAUCUCGAAUUUGAAGCUGUUUGGUUAUGGCGUUCUCAACUGUAGUUACGUUCUCCACUCCUACAUGAGUUUGUGAUGCAAGAACGGCAAACGUGAUAUGGGGGAUCUUGUGCGUCUUGCAUGACAGACUUGGCACAGUAGAUUCCCAGCCCGUUUGAUGACCCUUCAAGAAUUUGUCAUGCGAAGCAGCUUGGUCGUGUCAAUUCUGAUAGCAAUUUUGCAUGGCAAGUUCAUGUAACAGCUGAGAGUGUAACAUUUGAGAAUCCCAUAUUGGGAGGGAGAAGAUUUUGAAAAUCACCGCCCCGUACGGCUUCGAGUGGGAUUGGGAUGGUAUAUGCAAGAAAAAAAGUGUGUAAGUGUAAAUCUGUGAUGCAGAAAAUGCAGAACUGUUACACUGACUUGUCAUGCCGGACAGCCACGAAGUCCUCUUUUCAACAUAUGUGUUUUCCCUUACAAGCCACGCAUGACAGGUUUUCGCUGUCAUGUAAAGCAAAUUUGUGAUGCUGUUAGCCAAAGAAAGUUACACUUACACAGUUUCUUUCCCUGGAUAUGGUAGCAAAAUAAGCGACUAUUGGGGCCCGUAUUGGCCGACGCAGGGGAGUUACCGGCUCUGGAUUGAUAGUACUCUAAAAGAAGAGUUCCGAACGAAUUUUACUAGCAGCUACUUGACAGAGGUGAGCAGUGCUGGAGAG